CAAUUCGCAUUUCGCAAUUUCAUAUUCACAAGUAUUUUUCGAGGCGCUUUUGCAUUUCGUGUAAAAACUACUGCUGUUCGUAAUUAUUUUAUUCUUAUUUUCACAUUUUCUGUGUUACAAGUUUCAUAACAUACAAUGGUGUUAUAAAAAUGAUCUAUUUUUAUCACAAAAUUGACGUUCAAGGAACGAGGAAAGUGUAUGUAAAAGCGAUAUCCUGACAAGUGGGUAAAAUGACUUGAAGAUGAACGGAUGCAAUGAAGACUUUGUGGAAUCAAAAAUAGUUGAGCGCAACGAUCGCGCUAAAAAGAUCUAUCGAUAUGUGACUGAUAUAGCGAGGAGACUAGGUGAUGCUACAUCUAGUGUCCGCGGAGUAGCAGAUCUGUUCACACUGGCCAUAGAGUUACAGCGACAAAAAUUAAGAGAUAACUGUGAAAAACUUUUCUUUCUUGAUCCUGAAAACUAUGGUAAAAAAUCAUUGGAACUCCUCUGGCGUAAAGUUUAUUACGAUACUAUCAGUGCUGCUAAAAAGCAUCGGGAAAAUGACAAUAAAUAUGACAACCACCUCUUCACCCUCAUCACCAGUGGUAUCGGGCAAUUUAAUAACAUGCUCCUUAGGAUACAAUCAGAUUUACAUAUUGACAUGAAGGAAUUGGAUUUCGUGUCCUCAUAUGAUGAUGAAGAAACUGAGGAGCAAACCCCUAAUAAUGUUUCUGAUGAGGACAUUGAGAUAGGCAAAACAUCCAUCUACUCCUGUCUUAUAUAUCUGGGGGACUUGAGUCGCUAUCAAGUAGAAAUCUUUAACCUUUUUGAACAUUCAUUAGCAGCCAGGUACUAUCUGCAAGCUUCUCAGAUAGACUGUCAACUAAAAAACCCCUCUGGAAUGCCAUUCAAUCAACUAGGAAAUUUAUACUUGGGAAAAAAUUUUAAUUUGGAUUCUGCUUGCUUUUAUAUUCACUGUCUCAGUUUUAUUUCACCUUUUGAGGGAGCAGCUGGUAAUUUGACAAAAAUAUUUGAGAAGAAUGCACAGUUUUGUGACCUACUCAGUGAUUCUGAAUCCUUAACGCAAACUGAGCAUAUGCAAGUGACAAUCGCAAAUUUUCUUUCCCUAAUAGAAAUAUGGUAUCUCGAUAAAGAGGACAGUGACAUAUCUAAAAUGUGUAGCGUCAUAGUUCAGCAAUUUAAAAUAGCAAUGAACUUCAAUAAACCUACAUUGCCAGAUAAAAAUAAAAAUUACACUGAGUAUACCCAAGCCUUAGAAGAGGAAAAUAUUAAUCCUUCCUACAUGAAUUCUAUCAUUAUUUACAACAUUGUAAAAAUUUGUCUCUUUACAAUAUCAAAACUCAAUGAAAAUAAUGAGGCCAAAGCUUUUGCAUGCAAAGCAUUUACACUAGCUUUACUGUCCCAAAUCCUACAAAAGUUACUUGCACAAGUACAAUCAAUAGGUCUCAAAAAUCCAGCUUGCAAGUACAAUCCCAAGUAUUUACCAAAAACUGAACAUGAUAAGGCUAAAGAAGAAGAGCUGCCACUGGAAGAUAUAAUCGUCAAUGGGAAGAAGAGUGACAAUGAAACAAUAGAUGAAGAAAAUGUAUCAGAUGAAGAUAAUAAGGUUCAUGUUAAUGGUGACUCCAAGAACAACAAAAAGACAAUAAUCAAAAGACGCCGAAGACGCCGUAUUGAUUCAUCAGAUAGCUCUGAUGUAAGUGACGCGGACAGUGACAGUAGAAAUGAUAAUAACUCAUCAGAUUCUGAUGAUGACCUUUCUGAUUCCACUUAUAAAUCAGAUGACGAAUCGAAAAGUGACAGGUCUGCUAGUGAUGAUGACGAAGAAGCUGAGUAUACUGCGGAAACAAAUGGUAUAGCAGAAGAAGAACCAAUAAAAGAUAUCAAAGUUGUACAAAAUGACGUAAAUAAUUCCAACAAAGAAAAUGGAGAUCCUAAUGCAUUAAACAUUACAGAAUUGCAAAACUUUUUGAUGGGCGAUAACUUUUUAGCGAGCAUAAAGCUACUAAUAGACUGGGUUCUGAACGAAAAAGACUUAAUUGUUUCAUGUGGCCAAAGUGGGGAAGCACUGUUCCAAUGUGUUGUUGAUUUACUCAAUACGUUUACACAUUACUUUACCCCUCAAGCAGAUGUAUAUUCUGAUGAAAAAGUAGUGGCCUAUGUCAGAAAUGUUGCAAAAAAAUAUCAUUUGGAAUACAAAUCCAUUCCUUUAACAGAAGAUAUCAAUUUACGAGGUACAAACAUAUGCAAAUUCGAUAAAGAUGCUGCAGAAUGGCAAACCAUGCAGAAAAUAAAGCCUCUAGAAGUAGAAGAAAAUGUAAUAAGAAUCCUACACUUCAUUGAUUUUGGCUACAAUGUUUCCAAAAUAAUACCAAGGAUCAGAUACAAUAAAAUAAUGAAAAUAUAUUACUUCAAGAAGAUCCCUCAACCAAAGGUACACACAAAACUAAACCAUAAACGGAGCCGAGAGUGGCAUAAUACAAAGAAACAGGAGAACACUGACGGUGGGCUGCUGCGGCGCUUGGGUAGGCUGUGGCUGACGUCACAAGUGCACGAGCUGGAGCGGUCGGAACAGGUCGACAUACCAACACUGCUGGCGGUCGACACGGCCGCGCUCCACGAACAUCUGAGACGCGUCAAGCAGCUGCUGCGGACUAAGAACUUCAUAUUCCUUGUGCCGUCUGUUGUUCUGCAGGAGUUGGAUGAAUUGAAACGCGAUCGAAGUACGGCCCGCGACGCCAUACGCUGGCUCGAGAUGCAACUCAAGAGCGGAUCGAGAUUUCUGAGAACACAAAAACCGGGGCAGUCGAAGCCGCUGCCGCUUCUGAAGUAUCCGCGGAAAGCCCCACAGAAUAUACUCAAUUUCGUGCAAAUUCUAGAAUUUUGCAACCACUUUAUCGCCGACGAGAAACAGAUGCACGGUACUGGUGAUGCUGACCAAAUACAAAAAUCGCCGCUACUGAUACUACUAGUUGGAAACGAAUUGGGUAAAGGUGAGGAAUACAAGGACUUCAGCCUGAAGGGUGCUGCUAAAUCUGCGGGCAUCUCGGUGGAGAACAUAAGUGACUAUUACACUAAGUGGCGUCAAGCGGCACAGAGAUCCGGGAAAAAGAGGUGAACCAACAUGAACCAAUCUCGGAUCUCAGACGAUAAGAAAGGAACAAGUUUCCAAGGGCCAGUUCAUUCAAUUGGAACGAAAAAACAGAGAAAAUUCCAAGUGAGCACACUAAGCUCAAUUGAAGGAAAGAAGUUAACAUAAGUUUGAAUUUAAUACUUCUUCAUUUUACUUUCACCAUCCAUCAUUUCAUUCCCAUCACUAGAGAUAAAAGUUUCCUAAUUUCUUGACAGUUAUUAGACAUCCAAAACGAAUAUAUUCAUUGUUUCGUAAUAUCCAAGUUAUUUCUCAUGUUAAUUUUAUUCAUCUGCCAUGGGUAAUAAAUAUAUUUAAACCACAGAUGUCG